ACACAUAUCGAGUAUCUCAUCAGUUGUCUGGGGCCAAUGAACCCGAGCAGGAUCUGUCCUGCGGGGAGGGACAACUGUCCUUCACUCUGCCCUAGAUGGGCGUCUCAGAGCAUCAUGCAAGCUUAAAGCCCCUCAAUGCCCUGCUCUGGGACUGUUGCUUUAAAACAAACAAGAGGGAGAGAGAAGGAGGGAGAAAAUGACAGAGAGGGACCAAUAGUUCUCUAUUUGUGGGAAUGUUUGUGUUGGGCGAACCAAGAGCUGUUAUUCUGGGAAUUUGUCCUGCAGUGGAGCGAGAGAGACCAGUGAGAAGACCAGAUCUGAGUCACACAGAAGUCACAGUCUCAGUCUCCCAUGGGGCAUUUCUGAGGAUUAAAGGAAGAAGCGAUGAGAAAAUGAAAGAGGAGAACGCAGAAAGGAGAGCAGCAUUACCUGGGGACGUUUUCUCCCACACACACCUGAGCUGAGAGGGGAUUAUUGGAACACACACCUGUGUACCUGUGUGCUUGUCAGUCAUGGAGGCCAUGCUUCUGAGUCUGGGAGAGAGUAUGUGCAUGAGGCACAGUGCAUUGUGGGAUGUGACCUCGGCCACCCUCAGAAGAUUGAGGCACACACAUAUCAGAGCUCCUGACAUCCUGGUCCGAGCCGUCUACCAGAUGACGGAAGGACGGAGAUGUCAGGUCCAUCUCCUGGAUGACAGGAAAUUGGAGCUCCUGGUACAGCCCAAGCUCAUGGCAAAGGAUCUUCUAGACCUGGUGGCAUCCCAUUUCAACCUGAAGGAGAAGGAAUAUUUUGGAAUCUCUUAUGUAGAUGAGACGGGUCAUUUCAGCUGGUUGCAGUUAGAUCGGCGUGUUCUGGAACAUGAGUUUCCUAAGAAGUCUGGACCCAUUGUGCUUUACUUCUGUGUUCGGUUCUACAUAGAAAGUAUCUCUUACCUUAAGGACAAUGCCACAAUAGAGCUGUUCUUCCUCAAUGCAAAGUCCUGCAUCUAUAAGGAGCUCAUAGAGGUGGACAGCGAGGUGGUGUUUGAAUUGGCCUCUUAUAUCUUACAGGAAGCUAAAGGAGACUUCACGAGUAAUGAUGCUACUAGGGCUGAUCUGAAGAGACUGCCAGCACUGCCUACGCAAGCACUGAAAGAGCACCCUUCACUCGCAUACUGUGAGGACCGGGUCAUUGAGCAUUAUAAGAAGCUAAGUGGACAGUCCAGAGGCCAGGCUAUCGUCAACUAUAUGAGUAUAGUGGAGUCGUUACCCACAUAUGGAGUGCAUUAUUAUGCUGUUAAGGAUAAGCAGGGUAUCCCGUGGUGGCUGGGUUUGAGUUAUAAAGGCAUUUUUCAAUAUGACUACCAGGACAAAGUCAAACCAAGAAAGGUGUUCCAAUGGAGACAGUUGGAGAAUCUGUACUUCAGGGAAAAGAAGUUCUCAGUGGAAGUACAUGAUCCGAGAAGGGCAUCGGUAACGCGGAGGACGUUUGGUCACAGUGGCAUCGCUGUGCACACCUGGUACGCCUGUCCCACCCUCAUCAAAUCCAUCUGGGCCAUGGCCAUCAGCCAACACCAGUUUUACCUGGACCGCAAACAGAGCAAGAGUAAGAUCCACGCAGCACGCAGUCUGAAUGAGAUAGCCAUAGACCUGACAGAAACAGGAACCCUCAAGACCUCCAAACUGGCCAACAUGGGCAGCAAAGGCAAAAUCAUCAGCGGCAGCAGCGGAAGCCUGUUGUCCUCAGGUUCUCAAGAGUCAGACAGCUCCCAGACCGCUAAGAAGGACAUGUUGGCGGCUCUGAGGGCCAGACAGGAAGCUCUGGAAGAGACGCUGAGACAGAGAAUAGAGGAACUCAAGAGUAUUUGCAUCAGAGAAGCGGAGCUGACAGGAAAACUUCCAAAAGAGUACCCUCUCGACCCCGGGGAGGAGCCGCCCACCGUCAGACGCAAAAUCGGCACUGCCUUCAAACUGGACGAGCAAAAGAUCCUGCCCAAAGGAGAGGAAGAGGAGUUGGAGCGUUUGGAAAGGGAAUUUGCCAUCCAGACCCAGAUAACGGAGGCAGCGCGUCGGUUAGCAUCCGAUCCUCACAUCAGCAGCAAAAAGCUGAAGAAACAGAGGAAGACGUCAUAUCUGAAUGCUCUGAAGAAGCUACAAGACAUUGAGAAUGGCAUCAAUGAGCACCGCGUUCGCUCUGGGAAGAAACCCACACAACGUGCCUCUCUAAUCAUAGAGGAAGCGAAUAUCGGCUCGGAAGACAGCUCACUGUCUGACGCCCUGGUGCUGGAUGAUGAUGACCCCCAGAUGACAGGAACCCCUACGUUCUCUCCGGCUGCCUCCCCACACAAAGGUCUCCCUCCCCGACCCCCGUCCCACAGCCGACCGCCUCCCCCACAGUCCCUGGAAGGACUCAGACACCUCCAUUACCAACGCAGUGACUAUGACAAGUCUCCGAUCAAACCACGCAUGUGGAGCGAAAGCUCGUUAGACGAACCCUAUGAACGGGUGAAGAAACGCUCCUCACACUCCAGUAGUCACAGGCGGUUCCCCAGCACAGGCAACUGUGAGGCGGGAGGAAGCAACUCUCUCCAGAACAGCCCUGUGCGCUCCCUCCCUCACUGGAACAGCCAGUCCAGCAUGCCCUCCACCCCUGACCUGAAAACACGGAGCUAUGUGCACUCGGCCAGUUUAACUCAGCCAUUCCGUGGCCGGAGUUCCAGUUUGGAGUCUCAGGGGAAGCUGCUAUCCUUGGAUGUGGACACAGAGGCGGGACUUAGCUCUGACCUGUUUCUGUCAGGACCACAGAGGACAGGAAGCAAUGGCUCUGUUGUCCCUGACGACUGCUCAUCUUGCACCAGUCACUCCAGUUCAGAACAUUACUACCCCUCAUCCACCUCCAACCCUAACUACUGUACGCUGGCUGAGGACUCACCCUCCAAAGCCCGACAGCGGCAGCGACAACGUCACAAGUCAGCUGGACACCUGGGCACGUCCAGUUCUGGCAGCAUGCCCAACCUGGCAGCCCGCAAUGGCAGCACCCACGGAGGGGUGUGCGGUAGCCACCAGGGUGUGUACCUCCACAGCCAGAGCCAACCCUCCUCGCAGUAUCGCAUCAAAGAGUACCCGUUGUACACGGAGGGCAGCAGCCCCAGCGCCGUGGUUGUCCGCAGCCUGGAGAACGACCAGGAGGGGCAUUACAGUGUCAAGGCACAGUUCAAGACCUCCAACUCAUACACAGCCGGGGGGCUUUAUAAAGAGGGGUGGGGCUCCGGGGAGGAUGGGGAAGCAGGUAGUGGCAGCGGGAGGUUGACGCCCUCCCGCUCACAGAUUGUGAGGACUCCGUCUCUGGGCAGGGAAGGAGGAGGAGGAGGGGGGCGAGCAGUGGUGUCAGAGGAGCUGCGGUGCUGGUACCAGCGCUCAUCUGGAUCGAUAAAGGAGCACAGCCGCGUCACUCACACCAGCUCCAAUGCUUCAGAUGGCCGUGGAGGACGAAUAGCGACACUAGUGAAGGGGUCACCAGCUGCAUCUCCACACAGUCAGAGGAGUGGAACUCCCUGCAGUGAACCUGCAGCUACACCCCCCUGCAGCCCACAACACAUACUCAACUGGAAGAGCGGUGAUACGACUGAAAGUUCUCCUACUGAAGACCGUUCUCCCUCUCACCAAAGCACUGACCAGUAGAGAGAUCGCCGUUCUCCGAUAGUUGUUUCCUGAGCAGUCCCCUGUGCUCUGAGAUAGUGGAUGUACAGUGGUACGGGCACGAGAAGGCAAAGCCGGGAACACUCGUCUAAACCGUCAUCCCUCAUCCCUCUCUCUUUAAAAGAGUGUUCAGAAGGCAGGUCUGACCACAGUCUGGACCGCAACUCAUCCGAAACCACCUAUGGCUGGAGCCAGUACCACCUCGACCUCUCCCUCUUCUCUGUCUCUCUGUAUAUCCAGCGGUACAGUUCGUAUGAACUAUGGGAAUACAAGAGUCUAAAUGAACUGAACUUGACCUUGUCUGACCCUCCUACUCUGACUUUUGAACUUCGACCCAGUUAGCUGGCAGCCAUUUCUUCCGUAUGCACAAAGCCUCUGUGUUUAAUCCAUCGCUGGAUCAGUGUGCAUAAGAAAGAAGUCUUAUGCACGUUGUACUAUACGUGAACCCCACUCAUGUACACACACAUGCUAAAAUAGACAUUCGACCUCUGCUGUUGUGUGUGUCCCUCUGCACUGAUGUCAGAGAGCUGGCGUCGUUCUCUCUCAUGCACAAAAAAUACAUUCCGAUGGAAUGCUUUGGCAUCAACCAUCUUUGUAGAUCUUUAUGUUCUCAGUUCUGUUUAAAAAAAAAAAAAAAAAAAACAGUAUGUGGCCACAAGCCCCUCCUUCAUCCUACAACGCCACUUCUCAUUGGACCGGAGUGCAUCAUAAGCCCUUCCCACUGUUGGUGAACUUUGAUACUUUGUGAAUAAUAAUAGAGCAUUUUAAAAAGGCAGAAGCCUUUCUUCGGUCGUUCUGGAUUGAAAGAUGAGCCCUGAUAUCAUAUCGCUCAAGAUUACAUGUCAUUCCGAGGAAAUUCAAAACAUUGUGGUUGUUGUGCAUAAUGUUGAUUUGUCAUUUUCAAUUCAUCGAUUCUAGUCCAUUUUUGCAGAACAUUAGCUAACUUAGAAGCCAUAGCUGUACAACAAAUCUGAAAACAUUUAGCUUAGAGGCUUUAGCAUGACCUUUGGCUUUGAACGACCGAUCUGUGAAGUACUGCAACUCAGGCUGCAACCGGCAACUCGCCACCAUGGUGCUCUAAGCCUGAACUGCACAUCCCACAAUGCCCUGCUGUAUGCCCACACUGCAUGAAUAGUCACAAACCCCUUGUAUUGUGUUGUGACAUCAGUGAAGUAACGAGACACGCGGAAAACCUUCUCCAAACACUCCUGGCCUUAUGGGAUUCCUGUUUUUACCUAUCGGUUUUAAAUAUUCAGGAUUUUACUUAACUGUAACACCAUUAUGACAUUACGUUCAUAUACAUAAAACCAUAAAAAGUCAAAUGAGCACAACGCAACGUGGCACACCGAUACAAUAUUUCAAUGAAAAUAACGUUACCUCUUCCCUGAGCUGUUAAAGGCUUUCAGGAGAACAGCAUUCCAGUAUGUGACGCGGUUAAAGCUGGUGCUUAAUUUUAAAAGCAGCGGGUAAGAAACUACAGAUUAUACAGGGUGUUUCAUGCUUUUAUCAUGCAGUCAACAAAAUCCAAAACCACGUGUGCCCCUCACCUCGAUCGUCUGACCGAGGAAACAUCAAGCCAUAAUGCUAAAGACCGCAUUUAUUGUACACUGCGAGUUACGAAACGUACGUGAAACAGGUAGCUGAAAGCACACCCAUUGCCGUUACAAUUCGACAGAUCUCCAAAAAAAAGUCAACACUUUGUGUUAAUGUAAGCAGUCAUUACAAAUGUGUAUUCAAAAGGGUCCAAAUCACCAGACGUUAAAUCUAAGGUCAUCUGAUUCAUGUUCCAUGAAGAGGCUAUAAGUAAACCAGAAGUUUUUAUCUGUCCUGAAAUUGAUUGUUGAUUAUUUUUGUGCAUGCUCAGCACACUGUGUUAUGCAUCUUGAUGUUAAAACUAAAACCCGGUGUAAAAACAGCCCUUCAUUUAGAGGUCAUUCACACCUCGUACCCUUUUAGGCCAAUGUGAGCUCACUCCUUUCGUCUACCUGUACUCUAUAACAAAAACAUAAUUUUUUAUAUAUAAAAAAAAACAACUAACACAUUUAUCAACAUUUAUAGACAGGACUGUGGAAACUGGGUUCUUUUAAGAGAAAUCGUAAAAGCAUUAGCUUAAUGAUUUUUAUAAAUCAGUAUUUGUUUUAUUUUGGGGUCUUUAAGCUGGGAAAUAGCAACAACACGUUCAGGUGCUACAGGAAGACCAGUUACUACUAGCUGUAGACUUUCCUAACUGUUGUCAAUAGUUUUAAUACCAGUCGUGCAAAAUGAAGGACGUUAGUUACUAAACUGUCUUCUCACUUCAUCUUGACAAUAGAGCAUGUUUCAUGAGUUGAUUUCCAGACAUAACCGGACACAAUAAAAUGUUGUUGUAGAAAAAAUAAAGUGGAAUUGUUGGGCGGGUUAAAUAUAACCAAAUUCCACAGUUAAUUUAUUCUUUUUUUCUAUUAAGAAUUUGUAUAGUAACAUUUUUCAAAAACCGUGUUGUUGGCAACUGAUUCUGAAUUUCCAGAUGAGAAAUGUGGUGGUUCUUGAGAUUCUGAAAUAAAUUAUUGCUGAAUGUUCUCUAAA